AUGGAUCGUCUUGAAGAAUUUGGUAGGCUUUUCGAAUAAUUUUUGAAGUUUACAGCUAACUUUUAGUCGUACAUUGUAAGGGCGGGGUAAAAAUUUUUAUCUCGCAGGGGGGGGAUAAUUUAAAAUUUUUGUUUUACACGCCUUUUUAGCACUUGCAGAGAUAUUAUCAUACUAAAUUUACUUUUUUAGACAAAUGGAACCCAUACAUAAUAUGGAUAUUCACAUCGAUGACGUUUACAUGGUGUAUAACAGCAGCUCCAAUGAUGAUAACUGCAUUUAUUGUGGGUCAAGUUUGCCCUCCUGACACUAACUGUACUUCAACACUUGGGACGUUAAUGGAGGAGGUAAGGUUUUUAAUGAUACGAAUAAAAGACUAAGCGGGGCUACACAUCCUCACUGUAGGUUAGGCUUAAGUGUAUGUUAGAUUACGAUAGGGUAGAGCAGAGCACGGCAAAUCACACGGCAAGGCAGGGUUAACUUAGGAUUCGAUUGUUUAUGAUAAGGUAAGGCAGAGCAGGGCAGGGUAGGGCGUAGUAGGGUAGGGUAAAGUAGGGUAGGGUAGUGUAGGGUCGGUAGGGUAGGGUAAUAUUACAGUAUAAAAUUAAAUUUUUAAUCUGUUUUACUAUAGUAAAUUAAAAUAUACAUCUUCAGUUUGACUUAACGGGUGAUAAAGCUCAUUUAGCGGGCAUAGCAACCUCAAUGUAUCUGUUUGGCAAUAUGGUUGGAGCUUGUACGGUGGCACGAUUGGCUGAUUUGUAAGUUGAUUUUCUUGAUAAGGAUAACCUAAAGCCCUAGACCAGAGCCUUUGCCGGGUGCCCUAGCCCAGAGCUCUAGCCCAGAUCCCUAGCUUAAAGCUCUCGACCAGAGCCUUAGCAUAGAUGGCUUUUAUUAGUUUUUGUAUGAUUUUAGGUUAAAAACUUUGAUAUUUUUGGUUUAUAAUUAACACUUCUUUCAGAAUAGGCCGGCGACCGUUGAUAAUAGUAAACGUGUUUAUAUUGGGAGUAGUUGGACUGAUAAGUGCUACAUCUUCAAGCAUCUAUGAGUAUAUAGCACUACGAUUUGUACAGGGAAUCUUCUUUCCGGUAUGAAUUUUUUUAUUUUAAAUUACUAGCUUUUUCAAAUAAUUCUGUGCUUCUUCUCAGAGCUAAUGUUUGGGUUUAGAGGUACAGAAUUAUGUGAACAACCUAAUUUUAAUACCCAUUCCAGGGCUGUGGCAUAGUAUCAUGGGUAUUAGCCUACGAGUCGAUGGGUAUGUUCUGGCGAUCAUACGCCGCCUUCUUCUUUGGACUGGCCUGGGUAAUUGGCUACUGUAUCGUUGGCCCACUGGCUUAUUUAAUACCGUAUUGGAGACAUCUGGUGGUAGUAGCAUCAUUUCCGUCGUGCAUAUUGGGAGUCAUAUAUUGGUUUACCAUACCUGAAAGCUACCAUUACAUGGUGUCAAAGGGAAAGAGCAUAGAGUUGAAUAAAUGGCUACAGAAUGUGAAUCGAUUCAAACAGGAGACGGAAUUAAGUGCUGAGGUUGGUCCUAAAUUUUAUUUUGGUUUUAGGAUAGGGUAGGGUUGUGAGGGGGUUGAGUAGGGGAUACUAUGGCUGGACGAAGUUGGGUGAGGGUAGAGGUUACAAAAUGACUAAUAGGUAAGUUAAAGGUAUGAGUACGAUAUAGUGAGGAAAGAAGCAUAGGGUAGAAUAAGGCUGCGAUAGAAAAGGGUUUGAGUAAGGGUGGGGUCAGGUGAAGGUAUAGGUUACAAAAUCAUUACUAUAGGGUAGGCCUAACAAUUGUAAGUUGGGGAGAGGAUAUGGUGAGGGUAGAACUAGUAUGAGAUUGAGGGAUCCAUAUGGUAGGGCUAGAUUAAGAUUAUGGUAUUUGAGGCGGUUAUGAUACAGAUCAGUAACAGGAAAUUUCUUGGCAUGGGUAAAGUAAAAUCGGACGACAACUGGCUCUUUAAUUUAGGGUAGUUUAUGAUAAGGUAGGGUAAGGUAGGGCACAGUAGGUAGGAUAAGGUAGAGUAGGGUAUGGUAUGGUGGGUGGGCUAGUGAUAAGGCUAGCUACUUUAAAAAAGCAAAAUUUUAUAUUUUAGGACCUAAUAAACGAGCAUCUAAAGCACCAAAAAUCAGAUGGGACGGAAAACAAAACCUUCUUGGUACAGCUCAUAUCGCACAAACGUAUCUUACUCUACACUAUGGUGUUGUCGUACUUGUGGUAAUUUGAACGGUUUAUCAUAUUUUCGUAUUUAAAAAUUAUUAGGUUUUUCAAAUAAUUCUGUGCUCUUUAACCCCAAAAAAUGGUUUGAGAGGGAGCACAGGCUUAUUUGAAUAAGUUAGUAUGUUGUUUUAGGUAGUUUUUCUGUUAUAGCUGAUAAUAAUAAAGCAUUUUGGACUUUUUAAAACAUUUUAAAAAUUUUUUUGAAGUUUUAUUAAAAAUGGCAUUUUCUUCAGGGUCUGUGACACCUUCGUCUACUAUGGCUUAUCACUAUUCUCCACGGAAUUGGCUGGCGACAAGUUCUGGAACUACAUCUUAUCAGGUUUCAUCGAGCUACCAUCCUACGCAGUAUCACCAUACCUGCUAGAUAAGAUUGGCAGACGACUCUUUGUAUCGGCCGCUCAUUUCCUAGCUGGGUUUUCAUUUUUGGCCACAAUUUUUAUCAAUCACCCGACUAUGUCACUCAUAUUCUGGCUGAUGGGCAAGUUCGGCAUCUCAUGUGCCUUCACAUGCCUCUUUGUGUAUGCUUCGGAGGUGUUUCCAACCAAUCUGAGGAGUGGUUGUAUUGGAGCUUGCGAGAUUCUGGCUCGAUUAGGGGGUGUUUUUGCUCCACAGGCUAAUGAGUUGGUAAGUUGUGGGUAUCGUAUAGGUGGCGUAAUUUUGAGGUUUUUGUUAAAAUACGAAUAUUUCUGAUACGUUGUAUUAGCUAUUUAAGUAUGUUUCAACUGUGUGUGCACGUUUAGUUACGGUAGGGUAUGGUAGUAUAGGACGCGGCAGGGUAGGGUAUGGUAGCGUAGGAAGUGGCAGGGUAGGGUAUGGUAGUGUAGGACGUGGCAGGGUAGGGUAUGGUACUAUAGGACUCGGUAGGGUAGGUUAAUGUAAAACACGGCGUAAAUACUGUUUUAGUUUGAAUUUUCCGCAAUUAUAAGACAAUUUUUUAUAUUAUAGUAGCUAUCAAAAUGAUAUAUACCUUUUUUGCCAUAACUGUUUUUAAAAAUUAGCUGGAGAGUUGAAAAUUGGCAUGAACAUAGACUAUAUCUUAUCUCAACUGUUAUUAUAUACUGAAUUUUAAAAUUCCAAAAACUUUUGAAUUUACAGUACUUUUACCGUGGUCACUCAGUAUAUUCGUAACGCCUUAUAACGAAGCGUCAUUUUUCAAAACUUUAUAAACUUCGGAGGAAAAAAAUGAAAAUAUACGUUCACUAGAGUGUGAAAAUGUUACAGUAAUCCUACAAUAUACUUUGCACUUUUAAAAAUGGCAUAAAAGUGGUUUUAACUUUUCAUAUUUUUUGUUUUUCACAUAUAAAUUCAUUUUUUUGAACUUUGAAAUAUGAUGCCAUUCCUUUUUUCCAGAAAUUCGUAUACGAAAAGCUGCCCAUGAUAUUCUUUACCAUCGUAGCGGGCGUCGGUGGCGCCGUCACAUUGAUUUUGCCCGAAACAAAAGGACAAAACCUACCCGAUACGAUUUGUGAGGCCGAAAAUCGACGGAAAAUAUCACAACGACAACAUACGGGAACGAUUCUGUCGAAUGUGGACUAG